AUGCCACCACGCCUGAGCCACCGCAAGUCCACCAAAGGCUGCCAACGAUGCAAGGCCCGCAAAGUCAAGUGCGAUGAACAACAGCCAAAAUGCAGCCACUGCAAACGGCAUGGGGUUUCAUGUGAAUAUCUGUCACUAGCAACGCGCGCCUAUGUACCGAGUCAGAUAUCCAAAGCCACCUCCCAGAGAAGUUCACAACCUGGCCCUACAUCCGGACUGGGGUCCCCAGACAUGGGAGCACUGCGGAUCAUGGAUCUGCGCUUGAUGCACCACUACACAACUCAAACAGCGCAAACCAUGAGCUCUGCCCAGCUGCCCUCGGUUGGCGCCAUGUGGAGUAUGACGGUCCCGCAGAUGGCGUUUGAGUACCUGCCGCUAUUGCAUACGCUGCUCGCUAUUGGAGCCGCACACCGCUCCACCAUGGUCCCAGGCGAAGCAAAUAAGCUACGUCCUGUACAUCAUGGCUAUAUCGACUCUUCUCUACAGCGGCACCGCGCCCUGACAAGCCAUGUUACCGGUCCAGAAGUCGAAUCUGUCUGUAUUAAUGCCAUUCUUAUCUCUCUUUAUACAAUGUUUCUCCGCACGGAACCCUCAACCGGACCUUAUGAGCCGCCGAUCCUGUGGCUGUCAGUGGCUCGCGGCGUGCGGGUGAUCCUGCAAUCGGUCUAUUGGACUCUACUUAACUCCAAGUCGUCCCUUUGUCCCCUUUUCUUCGCACAGCCUAGCAUCUGGAAUAAGGACCCCAAUUGUACUUUCCAUGAUCUCCCCACCAAACCGUUUCAGUUUUUGCUUCAUUACCGCCGUGAAGAAGAAGAAUGGUGCAAUGAAACUAGCGAGGCUUACAGUCGGAGCGUUGGUUAUUUGGAAAUGAUGUUCCUUGCUGUCAGUGGGGAGCAACCGGAUUCCGUGAUCCGCAGGAUCUUGAAUGGUUUCCCACCAAUGGUACCAAGUCAGUUUAUGCAUCUUGCCUCUGAGAGGCGGCCACGGGCCCUGGUGAUUCUGGCGUAUCUUUUUGCCAUGGCGAAAACCUCGGAGGAUAUGUGGUGGCUCAAAGGCACUCCGGGUCGAGAGGUGCACGGUAUCGACAGUAUUCUGCCCAUUGAGUGGAAGUGGGCAAUGUCUUGGCCUUUGCGGCUCAUUUCGGCAUCACCUGAGACACGCUGCUAUGAAAUUCCUUUGCCGGUGACCUGUUCACCUCCAUCUCCCGCAUCCACUGUCUGA